UUCUUGGCAUCCAAACACACAAACAAACUGACGUUGCCUCACACUGAGCCUCAAUUUUUAAUCAAAGACAGAGAGAGAGGAAUUGCGGCAAUGUGGGUCUCAAAUAUCAAGAACUUGAGAUGGCCCGCCAUAAUCUUGGGCAUUGCCAAUGCCGUGGUUUUCGUUCUCGGCUGCUUCUUUGUCUUCUGGGCUCUUCCUUCCUGUAAUCGCCACAUCCUCAUUCCUCUGAUGGUUGUUUCUUUUAUGGCAGCCGUCAGAAUUGGCAUCAUGGUUAACACUGGCAUCGCCCAAGAAGCCACCGCCAUGACCAUUCUUGAGCAUUCCCCGGCGGUUAGCCCUGCCGCCGUUGACACUGCUUUCCGCCACCAGACACGGGUUAGGUAUAAAAAGUGGCUUUGGUGGACUCGAUUUGCUACCGUUAUUACAGUUCUGCAAUUUGCUGGUGCUUCUUACCUUCUAUACAAUAUGGCUAGUUUUAUGUCUCACAAUGAAACAACAAACCAUUGUAUUUUAGGGACGGCUUCGAGCAAUAUUCCGUGGAAGAAACAUUUAAUGGGAUUUUUUGUAAUCACGGUGUGUUUUGCGGCAUUGCUACAGUGUUUUACAGGAACUGAUAUUUUAAAAUGGAGAUCAUUUUAUGCAACCCAAGAUGAUGCAUGGAAGGCUCAUUACCGGGAGGUAUUUGAUCAUGGCAUUCGUGAGGCUUUGUGCUGUAUGGGGCGAGUCAAAUACUUGAGUGUAUUGGAAGAAGAUGAGGUUUUCUCAGUAGCUCGAUUACUAGGUGAUCUUGUUGCCUAUCGUGCAGCCGGCACAGGACAUCUGGAACUCAUGGCAGGUCUAGCCCUUUUGCGGAACCAGGGGCAGUCACCAAAAUCCUUUGAAGAGUGUAUGGAGACACCUGAAGAAAAGAUCAGGGAGGCUGCAGAUUUUCAUAAGUUUGCAGAAGCUGCCUACACGGGUCCAUUGCUUGAUUUUGGAAGAAAUCCUUUCUUAUUUCCGUGUGUGUGGCUCUAUAGGCAAGGGAUUUUGACCCCAUGGGCUCGUAACAGGCGACCCAUGCUUGAUGGUGAUAAUUGGUUGCGAGGUCAUGCAGCAGCUUUUCUAAAAUAUGUUAAACUAUCCCCCGAGGUGCUUAGGAAAGGGCGUGUUAACCAGGCAAAGUGUAAAGCUGCAUACUUUGUUCUUGUUCUGCAUCAUCUAAGAUCUGUGGUGAUUGCUGUUCGGGGAACUGAGACCCCAGAAGAUUUAAUAACAGACAGUUUAUGUAGGGAAUGUGCUCUUUCUGUAGAAGACUUGGAUGGAUUGAUAAAUAGCCCUAAUAUUCAUCCUGAAGUGAGACAAUCCGUGAUUUCAUCUUUCCCACACCACGGGCACUCUGGUAUUGUUGAGGCUGCAAGGGAUCUCUUCAUGCAAAUUGAAGUUAGUCCUAGAGAUGAUGGAUCUGGUUCAAAUGGCCUUCUUUCUUCUUUGCUGGGAGUUGGAUGCGAGUGUGAGGGGUAUAGCAUUCGCAUAGUGGGGCAUUCCCUAGGAGGUGCGAUUGCCGCAUUGAUUGGACUCAGACUAUACCACCGAUACCCAAAUUUGCAUGUCUAUACAUAUGGGGCCCUUCCAUGUGUGGACCCGGUUGUAGCAAAUGCAUGUUCUGAAUUUGUUACAAGCAUUGUAUACAACAAUGAAUUCUCCUCACGCCUAUCAGUUGGAUCAAUCAUGCGGCUACGAGCAGCUGCAAUUACAGCAAUGUCACAAGAUUCAGAAACUGAUACGGCUAUGAUACUAAGGCUUGCACGCCAUUUUCUCCAUGUAAGCAAGUACCAGCAAAAUGGGACCAAGGUAAAGGAUUCAGCUUCAGAUAUCACUUCCAGGGCAAUCACAGAUGAAAAACUGAACCACCACAUCUAUGAGAGCCAGUAUCAGGGUAAUAUUAAAGUGUGUAAUGAUGAGGAUCAAGAUUUAAUCUCGUGGGAUGAUGCUGACAUGGAGGACAGAGUUAUUCAAAGUGAUCAUGGUGAAUUCACCAACCCCUUUUCCAAUGAUGUCAUUUCAAAUCAUGACCCUGUGUCUCAAUUUAUGGAAAGUGUCCCAAGAUCGGAAAGUUUGACAUCUAGGGAUCCCCCAGAGAUGUAUCUGCCAGGGCUUGUGAUUCAUAUAGUACCGCAACCAAGAAGCUUCAAUAUGCUUCAGUGUAGAGGCAGCGCAGUCCAAGAGAAGACGCAAUGUCAUAAGGCUUAUAUUGCAAACAGAGAAAGCUUCAAAGAUAUUAUUGUGUCACCAUCAAUGUUUCUCGACCAUCUUCCUUGGAGAUGUCACGAUGCAAUGAAACAGUUAUUGCAAGCUCAAAGAUCCCAGGUCCAAAGUUUGCAAGUUCGAAGCUCCCAGCUUGUUCCUAAUCAACCUGAGAGUGUGUGAUAUAUGUGCGCUGAGAUUCACAUAUGGAUUCCUGUGUGAACACUUCGAUAUAUGCUCCCUUUUUUCUGUGGUGGAACUAACGUGGCUAUAGCUUGACCACUGUCACAAAGCUGCGUGUCAUCAGAAUUAUCUAUGUGAACUGGGCUGUUCAUGACCCAUCUCAAUGGCACUCGGAAAAUAGCAUGUUAUCCAUUAAGAUUUCCUAUGUGUGUAAUUCUAGCUUCAUCUUCAAAAUCUUGUGGUGGUAUAUGAUUUCAGAUAAA